AUGCCAGUCAAAACAGUAAUACCACUGACCCAGUACGACUCGUCGAGUGAUGACACCAGUAAUCGAAAGCCAUGGCGAGGUAUAUUGUUGUUCGGUCCACCAGGUACGGGUAAAUCGUACAUCGCGAAAGCGGUGGCAACAGAAGCCGACAAUUCGACGUUUUUCUCUGUUUCGUCAUCAGAUCUCAUGUCAAAAUGGCUUGGCGAAUCGGAGAAGUGA